AUGGUCGAGGUCAAGAAAUACCAUCUUCCGCCGACGUCACUCGUGCCCAACUCCCCACACGCCCUGCUACACUAUCCGGGUCUCCUGUCAUCCACUGCAACGUCGACUACUUCUACUUCUUCUACUUCUCCUGGAGAAAAAGAGAGCAUCGCGUCGCGCGCGCACGACCUCUUCACGGCCAACGGGUGGGAGACGCAGUGGAUCUUCCGCUACGGGCCGUCGCAGCGCUCGCACUAUCACUCGCGCGUGCACGAGUGCAUGGCGGUGCUGACGGGGACGGCGACGAUCCGGUUCGGGGUCGCCGACACGGUGGCGGACCUGGAGGCAAGUACGUACGGCGCCGGCAGGGAGGAAGGGGGCGUCGAGGUCGAGGCGCGCGCGGGCGACGUCUUCGUGCUCCCCGCCGGCACGGCGCACAAGACCUUCAACACGUCUCCCGCCGCCGAGUUCAAGCUCCUCACGCCGGGGGAUGGGCACGCCGUCGCCACGGGUGGCGGUGGGGAAGAAGGGCGUACUAGGAGUGUCAAGGACACCUUGGACAGCGUCGAGCUGUCCGGCUUCACCAUGAUCGGCGCCUACCCCAAGGGCGGGGGACAGUGGGAUUUCGCCCAGGGCGGGGAGGACGAGGGCCACUUCGACAAGGUGUGGGCAGUCCCUAAACCGGAGAAUGACCCCGUGCUGGGCAAGGCGGAGGAAGGUCUUGUUGGACAGUGGCACUGA